GGAGGCGGAUGCACGGCCGGCAGAGGAAGGGGAGGGAGCGAGGAGCGCGCGCUGCUCUCGCGUGCUCUCGCGCCGCUCGCGUGACCGGCUGGUGUGUGCGCGAGGCGCCGGCUCCCGGGGCACGGACGGCCGGGCGCGCGCCACUGCGAGGGGCGUCUGGGUCCGAAUCGGCUGCCCCGGCCGGCGCGAGGUGCGGGCGGGCGGGCGGGCGGCGGGGGUCCCGGGCGGCCACACGCACACACGCUCCCGGAGGAGCCUUCUCGGAGGCUGCUCUUCCUCGGCCAGACGGAGAGCGGCACUGUCUCCCCGCCCAGCGCUCACUCGCCCCGCGUCCCCCCCUCGGCGGCUGCUCCUCGGCACCGCCAGCCCCAGCGCCGCUCCCGGGCGGGCGGGCGGCGGCGGCGGCGGGACCCGCGGAGCCGCUUUGUGUGCAGCCCGACGAGGGGCGGCGGCGCAACCACCUGACAGAGGCCGGGCGCUCGAUGCACCUUCCGCCCGCAUGAGGAGGAGAGGCCGGUAGAGGACUGUGAACGAAAAGUUGUCCCCCAGGAUGGACUUCACCGCGCAGCCCAAGCCUGCCACUGCCCUCUGUGGCGUCGUGAGUGCCGACGGGAAGAUCGCUUACCCUCCGGGUGUAAAAGAGAUCACGGACAAGAUCACCACCGACGAGAUGAUCAAACGCCUGAAGAUGGUAGUGAAAACCUUUAUGGAUAUGGAUCAGGACUCAGAAGACGAAAAACAGCAGUAUCUCCCACUAGCCUUGCAUCUUGCAUCUGAAUUCUUCCUCAGGAACCCCAAUAAAGAUGUGCGUCUCCUUGUAGCAUGUUGUUUGGCUGAUAUCUUUCGUAUCUAUGCCCCAGAAGCUCCAUAUACUUCCCAUGAUAAACUUAAGGACAUAUUUUUGUUUAUUACCAGACAAUUAAAAGGUUUGGAGGAUACAAAGAGUCCACAGUUUAAUAGAUACUUUUAUUUAUUAGAGAAUUUAGCUUGGGUUAAAUCAUAUAACAUCUGCUUUGAAUUGGAAGAUUGCAAUGAAAUUUUUAUUCAGCUUUUUAGGACUCUCUUCUCAGUGAUCAACAAUAGCCACAAUAAGAAGGUACAAAUGCACAUGCUAGAUUUGAUGAGUUCUAUCAUCAUGGAAGGUGAUGGAGUUACUCAAGAAUUAUUGGACUCCAUUCUUAUUAACCUCAUUCCUGCACAUAAGAACUUAAAUAAACAGUCCUUUGACCUUGCAAAAGUGCUGUUGAAAAGAACAGUCCAGACUAUUGAGGCAUGCAUUGCCAAUUUUUUCAAUCAAGUUCUGGUGCUGGGAAGAUCAUCAGUAAGUGAUUUGUCAGAACAUGUAUUUGAUCUGAUUCAGGAACUUUUUGCUAUAGAUCCUCAUUUAUUAUUAUCUGUCAUGCCACAGCUUGAAUUCAAACUAAAGAGCAAUGAUGGAGAAGAGCGAUUAGCUGUUGUUCGACUUCUAGCUAAAUUGUUUGGUUCCAAAGAUUCUGAUUUGGCGACACAGAACCGUCCUCUUUGGCAAUGUUUCCUUGGACGAUUUAAUGACAUUCAUGUUCCUGUGAGAUUAGAAAGUGUGAAAUUUGCCAGUCAUUGUUUAAUGAAUCACCCAGAUUUAGCAAAGGAUCUCACAGAAUAUUUAAAGGUUAGAUCACAUGAUCCAGAAGAAGCUAUUCGUCAUGAUGUCAUUGUUACUAUUAUAACAGCAGCCAAGAGAGACCUGGCCUUAGUAAAUGAUCAGCUGCUUGGCUUUGUAAGGGAAAGAACACUGGAUAAACGGUGGCGAGUAAGAAAAGAAGCUAUGAUGGGUCUGGCUCAGCUUUAUAAGAAAUACUGUCUUCAUGGUGAAGCAGGAAAGGAAGCUGCAGAGAAAGUCAGCUGGAUAAAGGACAAACUUUUGCAUAUUUAUUAUCAGAACAGCAUUGACGACAAACUGUUGGUAGAGAAAAUCUUUGCUCAGUAUCUUGUCCCCCACAACCUGGAAACAGAAGAGAGAAUGAAAUGCUUGUAUUACUUAUAUGCUAGUUUGGAUCCAAAUGCUGUAAAAGCUCUCAAUGAAAUGUGGAAGUGUCAGAACAUGCUUCGGAGUCAUGUACGCGAACUGUUGGAUUUGCACAAGCAGCCUACAUCAGAGGCUAACUGUUCUGCCAUGUUUGGAAAACUGAUGACCAUAGCAAAGAAUUUGCCUGACCCUGGGAAAGCACAAGAUUUUGUGAAGAAAUUUAACCAGGUUCUCGGCGAUGACGAGAAACUUCGGUCUCAAUUGGAGUUAUUAAUCAGCCCAACCUGUUCUUGCAAACAGGCAGAUGUUUGUGUGAGGGAAAUAGCCCGGAAACUUGCAAAUCCUAAGCAACCAACAAAUCCUUUUCUAGAGAUGGUCAAAUUUCUGUUGGAAAGAAUCGCACCUGUGCACAUUGAUUCAGAAGCCAUAAGUGCACUAGUGAAAUUGAUGAAUAAGUCAAUAGAGGGGACCGCAGAUGAUGAAGAGGAGGGUGUAAGUCCAGAUACAGCUAUUCGUUCAGGACUUGAACUUCUUAAGGUUCUGUCUUUCACACAUCCUACCUCGUUCCACUCUGCAGAGACAUAUGAGUCCUUGUUACAGUGCCUAAGAAUGGAGGAUGACAAGGUAGCAGAAGCUGCUAUUCAAAUUUUUAGAAAUACAGGUCACAAAAUAGAAACAGAUCUUCCCCAAAUACGAUCGACCUUAAUUCCCAUUUUACAUCAAAAAGCAAAGAGGGGUACUCCACACCAAGCAAAACAGGCUGUGCACUGUAUACACGCCAUAUUCACAAAUAAAGAAGUCCAGCUUGCACAGAUUUUUGAGGUAUAUCUAAUACAUAGGUUGUGUUUAUAUUGGUCUUUAUUUUUUAAGCUCUGUAGUUUGAUGAAGAUGGAAGCUAGAUUUUUUUAAGCUGUUUAUAUGUAGUCCCCUAGAAUAUA